UGGCAGCAGUCUCGAGUUUCAUUCAUUGCACGAGGCGGCCGACACAACGCGAGUUCAUUCGAAUUUCAACUUUCGCCGUGAGUGCAACGUUUUCUGGGGCGCAACAACAACAACAAAAACAACAAUAGAACACAAGAGAACGAAACCGUGCAACAGUGACAACAGAGUGGCAACCGAAAGUUGCAGCCAGCAUUUGUUGCAUGCAGUGAUCAAAGCACAACAACAACAACAACAACAAAGCAACAACAACAACAACGCAAAAAAAAAACACUAGAAAUAUAAGUGGUGAAAUAUUCCGAUUAAGUCUUUGGCCGAUUAAACGGAACUCCAGGCGAUCCGCAAGCGAUCCGCAGCAACCAAUCGACACCCAGAGGCGCCUCAAAAGUGUACGUGCAACUGUUGGCUCGAAAACCGUUGCCAGCACAGAACCCAGAGAGCUGCAGCAUUCAAAGAUGUUUUGAGCAGCCAGCUAGCCAGCCACAAGUACAGUGAACCCUCUGCCACAGCAAACUAUCCACAUCAUGGACAUGACCAAGCAGAUAAUGGACUUUGAAAUAAAGUCAGAGAGCGGCGGCGACUGCGAGGCCAACGACUACACAAUGGCCACGGCCACAGAGGAGCCCAAGGGGGCGCCGGAGGCAGCCACCCAGAACGACGGGGACACCAAGUCCUCCUGCCACGAAGAGGAGGAGGCAGCCACAGGGACACAGGCCACAGCCACUGGCCCUGCCACAGAGAAGGCAGCGGCCGAUAUGGACGAGGAGGCAGCGGAACCAAAGCAAAAUCUGAUCAAAGAUCCACCAUUGACACCGCCACCGAGGCCCCUGACCUCCAGCGAAGUGGUGGGACUGCGGGAUCCCGACGAUCCCGAGCUGCGCCUCCAACUGGAGGCAAAGAAGUCGCGAUCGCUGCCGGUGUCGCCACAGCCGCAGGCCAGCCACAAGCUGGCGGCAGCCGCCCUCUUCGAAUUCGGACAGACAUCGCCGGGUCGCGGAUCGGCGGAGCGGACUCCCGUGAAGGCGAUCCAGCCCGACCAGAAAGUGGCGCCCGCCAGGCGGCGACUGCCGCCCGUGAGCGGAGGCGCCACGGACAACCAGCAGUUCUGCCUGCGGUGGAACAACUACCAGUCGAAUCUGACGAACGUCUUCGACGAGCUGCUGCAGAGCGAGUCCUUCGUGGACGUGACCCUCUCCUGCGAGGGGCAGUCGAUCAAGGCCCACAAAAUGGUGCUCUCCGCCUGUUCGCCGUACUUCCAGGCCCUGUUCUACGACAAUCCCUGCCAGCAUCCGAUCAUCAUCAUGCGGGAUGUCCACUGGUCGGACCUCAAGGCCCUCGUCGAGUUCAUGUACAAGGGGGAGAUCAACGUGUGCCAGGACCAGAUCAAUCCUCUGCUGAAGGUCGCCGAGACCCUGAAGAUCCGCGGCCUGGCCGAGGUGAGUGCCGGCGCCAGUCGCGACGGCGCCUCCGCGCACCCCAUGCUCCCCGAUCAGCGGAUGUCCGUCUACGGGGAGGACGAAGAGGAGGACGAGGAGCUGGCGGCCGCCAUCUUGCGGCAGGACCACGAGGACCCCGAGCCGAAGCGGGCCCGACUCAUGGCGGACACCGCCCUGGACCUCAACCAGCGGCAGAGGAAGCGCUCGCGGGACGGCAACUAUGCCACGCCCAGUCCGUUGCAUGGCGAGACCCUCCGCCCCGACGUGGAGUCCGAGGCGUCGCCGCGGACGGCCGUCACGCCCAGCGGCCAGAGCCAGCCCACAUCGACGAUCGUAAGGAAUCCCUUCGCCUCCCCGAACCCCCAGUCGCUGCAGGCGCACCUCCUCACGGGCACAGGCACCUCGUCCUCGGCCUCGAGCAGCAGCUCCGGAGGAACCUCCUCCUCCACGGUGGGAACGGCCGCCGUGGGCACAUCGUCCUCGUCGGCGGCCUCCUCCUCCUCGGCGGGCACGUACCGCACAGCGGCCCGCAGCUGCUCACCGCCACCCCACCACCAGCACCAGCACCAGCACCAGCACCACCAUCCCUCGGGCAGCAACGGCAGCUCGGCCGGAGCCCUGCUCCACUCGCCCACUGGCGGGGGAUCGUCGGGCGGAUCGCAGUCCUCGCUGCCCCCGCACAUGGCCGCCGCAGUGGCCGCUGCCGCACAUCAUGCCGCCGCCGCUGUGCCCCAGCAGGCCCCACCACCGGCCAUGCAUCACCAUGCGGCGGCGGCAGCCGCCCAACAGUUGGCGGCCCAGCACCAAUUGGCCCACUCGCAUGCGAUGGCCAGCGCCCUGGCGGCCGCUGCAGCGGGCGGCAAUGGAGGCGGCGCCGCCGCUGCCCCGGCCAGCGGUGCGGUGGGGGGCUCGGUGCCCUCUGCCUCGUCGGUGGGCUCGUCGCAUCACGAUGACAUGGAAAUCAAGCCGGAAAUUGCCGAAAUGAUACGCGAAGAAGAGAGGGCAAAAAUGAUCGAAAGCGGCGGCCAUGGCGGCUGGAUGGGCGCUGCUGCCGCCGCAACAGGCGCUUCUGUGGCGGCAGACAGCUACCAGUACCAGCUGCAGUCCAUGUGGCAGAAAUGCUGGAACACCAACCAGCAGAAUCUCGUGCAGCAGCUGCGCUUCCGCGAACGCGGACCCCUGAAGUCGUGGCGCCCCGAGGCCAUGGCCGAGGCCAUCUUCAGUGUCCUCAAGGAGGGGCUGUCGCUGUCGCAGGCGGCCCGCAAGUUCGACAUCCCCUACCCGACGUUCGUGCUGUACGCGAAUCGGGUGCACAACAUGCUGGGGCCCUCCCUCGACGGCGGCACUGAUCCGCGGCCCAAGGCCAGGGGCCGGCCGCAGCGCAUCCUCCUGGGCAUGUGGCCCGAGGAGCUCAUCCGCAGUGUCAUCAAGGCGGUCGUCUUCAGGGACUAUCGCGAGAUCAAGGAGGACAUGGGGGCACAUCAGUACGCGAAUGGACAGGCGCAUGGCACCUACAUCGGCGGCGGCACCACUUCCAAUGGGUAUCACAGUGCCGCAGCCGCCAAGAUGGCCGCACAGAACGCCGCCCUGGCCCCGCCCGAUGCCAGCAGUCCGCUGAGCACCAUGACAGAGUCGCUGCGCCGCCAGAUCCUGUCGCAGCAGCAGCAGGCGGCCCAGCACCAGCAGCACCAGCAGCAGGCGCCGCACAUGUACAAGUCGCCGGCCUACUUGCAGCGCUCGGAGAUCGAGGACCAGGUCUCGGCGGCAGCGGCCGUGGCCGCAGCGGCAGCCAAGCACCAGCAGAGCGGCGGCGGCGGGGGCGGCGGUGGUGGCGGCCGGGGAUCCGAGAAUCUGCCCGAUCUGACGGCCCUGGGGCUGAUGGGGCUGCCGGGCCUGAACGUCCUGCCGUCGCGCGGCGCCGGCGGCAACGGGGGCGGUGGCGGCGGAGCGGCGGCUCCCUCGAGUGCCGCCAGCUAUGCGCGGGAGCUGACGCGCGAGCGGGAGCGGGAUCGGGAGCUCAAGGAGGCCAUGCAGGCGCGUCAGUACGGCAACCAGUCGCGCGGCGGCAGCGGUGGCAGCAACUCCUCCGCCAAGGCACAGUCGAAUCGUCCUGGCGCCGCCUCCCCGUACUCCUCGCACUAUGCGAAGCAGCAGCAACAGCAACAACAGCAGCAGCAGCAGCAGCACUCGAAGCAGCAGGAACAGCAUCCGAAUUACGCGUACAACAAGCGCUUCCUGGAGAGCCUGCCGGCGGGCAUUGACUUCGAGGCCAUUGCGAACGGCCUGCUCCAGAAGUCGGUGCAGGCCCAGAACAAGAGUCCACGCUUCGAGGACUUCUUUCCGGGGCCCGGGGGGCCGCAGGACAUGAGCGAGCUGUUUGUCAAUUCCGAUGCGGCGGCGGCGGCAGCAGCAGCGGCAGCCGCGGCCUAUGCCCCCGUCCGCGAGUCCCCCCUGAUGAAGAUCAAGCUCGAGCAGCAGCAGCAUGCCACAGAGCUGCCGCACGAGGAUUGAGGGCGGCCUGGGGACCGCGCGCGAGCGAGAGGAGAGGCAAUGGAAUGUUUUUGGACUGCUACUUGAAGAAAACCCCCCAACGUUUUUUUUUUCUUAGAUUUUAAUUGAAAAUCAUGGUUUUUUUUUUGUCGGCUAGGAUCUAGAGGAUAUACAGAUAUAUAUGCGUAUAGGAUAUAGGAUAUAUAGAGGAUUCUUAAAGAGGUAUACAAAAAAAAGUAUUAAACAAAAUGUAAUCUUAAAGGACACCAAAACAGGAUCCCCCCCCCCCCCAUCACCAUCCCCACCAUGCACACACACACACACACACACACAUACAUACUUCGGUACUUUCCUUUAAGGAUAGGAUCUCUCGUGUUUUUUUUUUUGGUUUGUUUACGUAUUUAUUUGUUUGAUUGAUUCGAUUGAUUGAUAUGAUUGGAUUGGAUUGGAUUGCCUUUUUGUUGCCACGCAUCGUACGAGAGUGAAGAAAUAAUUAUGAAUUAAAUAGAGCUAAGGAUACGAAAGAGA